AUGUUGCUGUCCACCACAGGUGUGGGCAACGGCCACGAAUCGGGGAACUCGGGAUACGAUGACGGGACCUUAGCAGUGUGGCACCCGCAGGCGUUCAGCAAACACGUCGAUCCGGAAACCGGGUACUGGUUCUAUGAAAACCUCGCCACGGGAGAGCGGCAUUGGGAUCGUCCCCUGGAGGGAGUGGCGCCUCUCCGGCCGAAGUCUCCACGCCCGGACGAGAAACUUGUGGACGAUGCACGACACAAGCGGCAACGAUCGGAGCGGGAGAGCCGUCGAAAGGACAUGGCGAUUCGACGGGUGCAGUUUGACAAGCUUCUUCUGGAGGAGGGGAAGAGCGCCGAAAUUAAGGAAGCGGAAAGAGUGCAAGGUCUAUGGGAUGAGGCCGAGCAGCACGCCGCCAGGAAAGAGGGCGAUUUCUCGCUGGCUUGGAAGCAAGUCCCGAGCGUUUCGGAGAGCCAUAUAUUCGGGUUUCCCGAAAGGAACGGGGGUACGAAGAUUGUCAAUCUCCGGCUGGUGGGUCUCGGGCUGACGGAGGUUCCAGGGGCCAUCGGCCAGAACCUCUUGUCGUUGAAAUCUCUUUCUCUGUCCAGCAAUGCUCUCGAGGAGAUCCCCGAUGGGCUGUGCGAUCUGACGGCAUUGACCGAGCUUAACUUGGUUAGAAACAAACUCAGCGACUUACCGAACAGGUUCGGUAAUUUGCUGCGGCUGAGAAAUCUGUCACUGGCCGGAAAUCGGCUAGAAACGAUCCCUCCUUCAUUUGGAAACCUCCUCCGCCUGGAUCAAGUGGUGCUGGACUGCAACGCCUUGCGCAGACUGCCGGAGACUUUGGGGAGAAUGAAAUGCCGAUGGCUCAACGUCAGCAACAACAAGCUGGCCGGUCUCCCCCAUUGCCUGAAAGAUAUGCCACGACUGACCAAGAUCUCGGCCGUCAACAACGGUCUACGGUCCCUCCCCUCGGAUAUCGGAGAUUCCAGGUCACUAACGGCGCUCCACCUGGCGUCAAACAGACUGAAUCAACUGCCGGAUAGCAUCUGCCGACUUAAGACUCUGAAAGUCUUGUGGCUCGACCACAACUACAUUGCAGGCUUGCCGAUGAUGUUUCACCAGCUGGGAGGGCUGCAACAGCUGAUGCUCGAGCAAAACGACAUGGUGUAUCCCCCCAAGGAGGUCAUCCUGCAGGGCUGCGAUCGGGUCCGCGCGUGGUGCUACCGCCGAAUGCAUGACCGUGUCAUUGCGAGGCAGCACACCAUCGUUAUGGCCGUCCAGGAUAUCCUCAAACAGAUCCAUGAGCGGGGCUUAGGCCACCCUGCUUUCUUUGAGCCGGAUGUCGAGGUCGGGAUGAACGAAGGCACCGACCACUUCUACGCUCUCGUCUACGAGCGGUUCUGGGACACAAUGCUACCCGCCCUCGAGAGGGAGUGGCAAACCGGAACGGCGGCGCCAAGAGGUGCCGUCACGUCUUUCGGAUACUCGAGGGAAGAGGUAGAUAGCGUGCUCCUCGACUACAGGGAUCCCACGGGCAGGGUACUGAGAACCAAGACCCAAAUGUUUCGGAGGUGUGGGUGCAUGGGCGCCAACGGGAGGAGGAGAGUGUGCGUGCCUCCGAAGGUAGGGUGGAUGUGUGAGCGAAAGGCUACUCUGAUCAAGCACGACAUCAUCCUCGAACGCGAGCAAGAGGAGCGGCGAAGACAAGCAACCGAGAGGGAGGACAUAGAGUUUCGUGUCACUCUCGCCAGGAGGCUGGUCAAAGAGGGCUCCGAAACCAUCGAGGGCAAGAAGAACUACACCAAGAAGGCCAUCCGGAUGGCCGAGGCUCUCAAGAAGAAGAAGCAGAUGGGGGACUUCGAGAGUGAAGCGGAAGCAAUGAAAGCCCACCGUCGCCAGGUCGUCGAAAAGAAGUUCUCCAAACGCAAGGACGCGCUGAACAAAGAGAGGGAACAUCGGCUGGCGGAUCUCAAGCUCAAGGUGGCAGGUCUCCAGGAGGAACUGGUGUCCCUGCGAGGGUGGGGAAAGGAACAAAAGGAAGCUCAAAUAGAUCAGGUGUUGGCGAGCAUGGCAACCCUACCUGAGGACAAAAAACUGGCCGAGGUUGAACAGCAGCUCGAGGAAGAGGUGGCGAAGCUGGAAGAGAAGGCGGCCAUGGUGGCGACGCAGAAAGCGCGCAAAGUGAUGGGGAAGAAGGUGAAGCGAGGGGACAAGGAGUUCCAGGAGAUUGUUGACGAAAUGGUGGUCGACCUCGUGCUGCAAGACAUGGAGGCAGCGGGGGAGAGCGCCAGGCGGAAAGCGGAACAGGAGCACGAGGUGUUCCGGAGGAUCAUGGCGAUGUGGUUAGGGGUGGGGAUGCGGGAGUCGUUCGCGGAAUGGAAAAUCUGGACAAAGAAAAGGAUAAGCCAGCGCAGAAAAGACGCACGGAAGGCUCUUCGAGAGGCAUGGCACGACUACGAGGCGGCUGGGGUAGUGAGUGUGAUGGCCGAAUGGAAAGCAAGCUUUUGGGAAGAAGAGUACGACAUAUAUACUGACACGCAAACUUGGAGGCACAAGUGA